GGCACCACGCAGAACCAGGACGGAACCCAGCAGCUUCCGGGGGAAACCCUAGAACACGUAGAACAACAGAACCGCGUUCAAGAACAACAGAACCAACUCCUAGAACUCGAGAACUUCGAACUCUUAGGUCAAGAGAAUGAACUCUUAGAACAACAGAACCUAGAACAACAGAUCCAACUCUUAGAACUAGAGAAUACAGUCCAGACCAGCACAGACAACCGGUCCAGACCUCCAGACAAGACCAGUUCUGGCGGUGCCCUCCAUCCCUGGUGGCCUCAACAGAGCAGCUUUAGAGCGACUAGACCCAGUGUCCCUCUCCCCUGCCUCGGCCCUCUUCUCCACUUGCCCGAUCCGAUCCCAGACUCCUGGCCCACACACCUCCGGCCCUUCUCAGCCAAGGAGUAUCUUCUAGUGCGACACACACACCGUCAGCUGGUUCACAGUGGCUACUACUGGGGCCCUAUGGAGAUGGAGGAGGCCCACCGCACACUGCUACUCACACCGCCUGGGAGCUUCCUCAUCAGGGACAGCAGUCAGCCGGACGUCUUCUUCACCCUCAGUUACCACGGCGAUCGGGGGCCCGUCAGUGUCCGCGUCCUCCUGACCAGUCAGAGUUUCCGCCUCAACGGCAGUAACAAGGCCUUUGAUUCAUUGUUCGCCUUGCUGCGGUUCUACGUGGAGUCAUCCCAUAGGCGGCUGCGGAGGGCGUGGCGCAGGGAGCAACCCAUGACCUUACAGCAGCUGUGUAGGGGACGAAUCGUGGAGUUGUACGGAGCGGAGAGGAUAGAUUCACUACCUGGGCUUAACCAGGUGGUCAUACAGUAUCUACAGGACUAUCCUUAUAGUGUAUAGACACACCCUCCUACCGGAGAGUUUGGGGCACCACUUCCGUUUCAACAGACUGAAACUUUCUGACCGGUACUGACCCGAACCUACAAUGGAGUGGAGCCCCAGAAAACGGAAUUGGAAAUUUGCUGAUUUUUACACUCUCUGUCUCUGGUCUGGUUCUGUGGUUCUGUCUCUGGUCUGGUUCUGUGGUUCUGUCUCUGGUCUGUGGUUCUGUCUGUGGUUCUGUGGUUCUGUCUC